AUGCUUUCCGUUCGAUCCAUCUUCCGGCCUCUCCGCCAUUCCAGGCAUUCAAUCUGCUUCCUACAUUCCGCUGCUGCUUCCCCUUCUUCUUCUUCAGCCGCUGCAAUUGAGGCUGGCCGAGCAGUCAGAGAAGGUCCACGCAACGAUUGGACCCGACCGGAGAUCACUGACGUGUACCAAUCCCCUCUACUCGAUCUCCUCUUCCAUGGCGCUGAGGUUCAUAGACAUGCUCAUAACUUCAGGGAAGUUCAGCAAUGUACUCUGCUUUCGAUUAAGACCGGUGGGUGUAGCGAGGACUGUUCUUACUGUCCUCAGUCGUCUCGUUACCAGACUGGUUUGAAAGCCCAGAAGCUCAUGAACAAAGAUGCUGUUGUGGAGGCUGCAAAAAGGGCUAAAGAGGCUGGCAGCACACGUUUUUGCAUGGGUGCAGCCUGGCGAGAUACAGUAGGAAGGAAGACCAACUUCAACCAGAUACUUGAUUAUGUAAAAGAAAUAAGGGGAAUGGGAAUGGAGGUUUGCUGCACCUUGGGAAUGCUAGAGAAGGAGCAGGCUGCAGAACUCAAGAAGGCUGGCCUUACAGCUUAUAAUCACAAUCUUGAUACCUCAAGAGAGUAUUACUCCAAUGUUAUCACUACAAGAUCAUAUGAUGAACGUCUUAAAACCCUGGAACAUGUCCAGGAAGCCGGUAUUCAUGUGUGCUCAGGAGGCAUAAUCGGGCUGGGGGAAGCAGAGGAAGACAGGGUCGGUCUGUUGCAUACGUUAGCAACACUUCCUAAGCACCCAGAGAGUGUUCCUGUUAAUGCUCUUGUUGCAGUGAAAGGCACACCUCUGGAAGACCAAAAGCCUGUGGAAAUAUGGGAAAUGGUGCGGAUGAUUGCGACAGCACGUAUAGUGAUGCCGAAAGCAAUGGUGAGGCUGUCAGCUGGGAGAGUGCGUUUCUCGAUGGCCGAGCAGACGCUUUGUUUUAUGGCCGGUGCAAACUCGAUCUUCACUGGGGAGAAGCUGCUGACGACUCCUAACAAUGAUUACGAUGCUGAUCAACAAAUGUUCAAGCUCCUUGGCUUGACCCCCAAACCACCAAGUUUUGGUGAAGAAACUGAGGAUUGCCAGCAAGAAGCUGCUGCUGUUUCAGGUUCAGGUUGA